AUGGAGUUGCCAUCAAUCUCAAUGUUUCUUGAUCUAUCCAACAACAUGCUGGAGGGACCACUUCCAUUAGAAGUCGGUAGUUUGGUAUAUCUCAGACAGCUCUUCCUAUCGGGUAACAAUUUGUCAGGUGAGAUACCUGAUACUAUUGGUAACUGCAGGGUCAUGGAACUCCUCUUAAUGGAUGGCAAUUCAUUCCAAGGAAGCAUACCUGCUACGUUUAAGAACAUGGCAGGCUUGACUGUACUUAAUUUGAUGGACAACAAACUGAAUGGAAGCAUCCCAGGCAACUUCGCUACCCUUACCAACCUACAGGAGUUGUAUCUUGGCCACAACAAUUUAUCUGGAACAAUCCCAGACCUUUUAGAAGCAAAUGUGCUUGGAAACGGAAGAUAUGGUACAGUAUACAAGGGCACACUAGAAAAUCAAGCCAUUGUCGUCGUUGUUAAGGUGUUUAAUGUCCAGCAAUUAGGGUCCUACAAAAGCUUCCAAGCUGAAUGUGAGGCACUAAGAAGAGUGAGGCACCAAUGCCUUCGAAAGAUCAUUACAUGUUGUUCUAGCAUCAACCACCAGGGUCAAGACUUUAGAGCACUUGUCUUUGAGUUCAUGGCUAAUGGCAGCUUAGAUGGAUGGAUCCACCCAAAUUUGGAUGGCCAAAAUGGACACAGAGCACUCAGUUUGUCACAGAGAAUGGAUAUCGCCGUGGACAUUGUGGAUGCUUUGGACUAUCUUCACAACGGUUGCCAGCCAUUGAUCAUCCAUUGCGAUCUCAAGCCGAGUAACAUUCUUCUCAAUCAGGAAAUGAGAGCUUGUGUUGGAGAUUUUGGCAUUGCUAGAGUUCUAGAUGAAACAACAAGCAAACAACACAUCAACUCCAGUAGCACCAUAGGAAUAAGAGGUUCCAUUGGAUACAUUGCUCCAAAAUAUGGAGAAGGGCUUGCGGUGUCAACUUCUGGAGAUGUGUUUAGUCUUGGCAUCACUUUGAUCGAGAUGUUCACAGGGAAGAACCCAAUAGAUGAUAUAUUUAGAGAUGGGAUAAGCUUGCAUUAUUAUGCCGAGGCAGCUCUUCCUGACAAGAUUAUGGAGAUAGCAAAUUCCAACAUUUCACUGCAUGAUGGAAUAAAUAAUAGCAAUGAUACAAGACAUAUAACAAAAACCAAGGAAUGUUUGUCGGCCGUCAUUCAGCUUGGUGCAGAGAUUGUCAAUGAAUGA